GUUAUGUGAUUACUCGCUUCUCCACGUCUACGGAUAGACCACUCUCGCCACGUCACCACAUUUCUCUCUUCCUCACAAGCUUCCUUCCCCAACACCCGACUCUUCUUUAAUCACUUUCUACCAUUUCAUGAAUUUUCGUGACAAUCCAACCAAAUUCUCCCUUCGAUUUUCUUUUUCUCUUUCCCAUUUAUGGCAGCUAAGUUUACCCACCACAGCUUUCUAUCGUCAAGCUCUACAAAUCGAUGGCUUCCACCAAAGCCAACUAAAAUGCAUUAUUCCUGCAAAAAAGUUUCUGACUUGGAUCACCUAUUGAGUUGCUGGGGCAAUUCAAGGAAGAGAUGUCUUAUAAGAUUUGCUUUAUUAGAGAACAACAAUCAUAGUCUUAAUUUUGGACAAGUGGGAUUCAGGAAGCAGUAUUUGACAUUUCGAAGGUCAAGAAGAAUGGUUCCUCUUGCUUCUGCUGAUGAUGGUGUUACUGUCAAUGGAACUCCCCAAGCAAGCACCAGGAGUGAUGUUGAGGAAAUGAGGGUUAAACUGAAUCGGUCACUGCAGGGCGGUAGUGACGAGAGCGACAGUCUUGUUCAAUUUUUACAUGACACGGCAAGGGUUUUCGAGCUAGCAAUUAAAGAGCAAAGUUCAUUUUCAAAACUGUCCUGGUUUUCAACUGCUUGGCUUGGUGUUGACAGAAAUGCGUGGGUGAAAUCAUUAUCUUAUCAGGCUUGUACAUACUCUUUACUGCAAGCUGCUGUUGAGAUUGCUUCUCGAGGUGAUGGCAGGGACAGAGAUGUAAACAUUUUUGUUCAAAGAAGUCUACUGCGGCAAUUGGCUUGCCUAGAGAGCUCCAUCAGGGAAAAAUUAUCCACCAAGCAACCAGAAGCAUACGAGUGGUUUUGGUCUGACCAAGUUACAAAGGCAGUUACAUCCUUUGUGAACUUUAUUGAAGGGGACCCACGCUUUACUGCUGCAACUUCUGUAUCUGGGAAGGUUCUGUCUACGGUUUCAGCUGAUGUAUCAAUGAUCAUGCUUGCACUGACAUGCAAUGCUGCAAUAACAAAACUUGGUCCCGCAAAAGUUUCUUGCGCACAAUUUUUUAGUACAAUUCCAGAUAUAACUGGUAGAUUGAUGGACAUGCUGGUUGAUUUCAUGCCUAUAUCCGAGGCUUAUCAUUCUGUAAAGGGAAUUGGCCUGGUCAGAGAGUUUCUUGUUCACUUUGGUCCUCGUGCUGUAGCAUGUAGGAUUAAAAAUGACCGGGAUUCAGAGGAGGUUGUUUUCUGGGUGGAUCUUGUUCAGACACAAUUGCAGCGGGCUAUUGAUAGGGAGAAAAUUUGGUCAAGACUAACUACAUCUGAAAGCAUUGAGGUUUUAGAAAGAGAUCUAGCUAUAUUUGGAUUCUUUAUUGCCUUGGGCAGAAGUACACAAUCCUAUUUAUCUGCAAAUGGUUUUGAUGUUAUAACUGGUCCACUUGAAGGAUUCGUAAGAUUUCUCAUUGGAGGAAGUGUUUUGUACUAUCCUCAGCUGUCAUCAAUAAGUUCCUAUCAGUUGUAUGUAGAGGUAGUCUGUGAAGAGUUGGACUGGCUUCCAUUUUAUCCAGGCAUUGUUGGUACUUCUAAAGAGUCCCAUGGCCACAAAAGUAAAUGGGAAGGUCCUCCAAACACUGAUGCGAUACUGCAAGUAUUAGAUGUAUGCUCUCAUUGGAUGCAAAGUUUUAUCAAGUAUAGCAAAUGGCUGGAGAACCCUUCUAAUGUUAAGGCAGCAAAGUUCUUGUCCAAAGGGCAUAACAAGUUAAUGGAGUGCGUGGAAGAACUGGAGAUGUCAAAGGAUAAAAGUAAGGAAAGCAAGGUAAAAAGUUAUGAUGGGAGGGUUGGAGGUGUAGAGUAUUCGUCAAUUGAGAAAGACUUGGAUUCAUUUGACAAGGCAUUGGCAAGUGUUGAAGAAGCUCUCACAAGGCUUGAAAAGUUGCUUCAAGAUUUGCAUGUUUCAAGUUCUAACUCUGGAAGAGAACAUUUAAAAGCUGCUUGUUCUGAUCUUGAGAAAAUAAGAAAACUUAAAAAAGAGGCUGAAUUUCUGGAGGCAUCUUUCAGAGCAAAAGCAGCUUCUCUUCAGCAGGGGAUUGACGACAGUCAUUCCCAACUGGCUGUUAGUGAGCAACAACAAUUUUUAAAAAGGAAAAAAAGUAGGAGUGGUAAUGUCAGGGCAGAUAGGAAUGACAGAGUUGGUGAUAAAAAUCGUGGUAUGUGGAGCAUCUUUAGGCGGCCUUCAACUAGGAAACCCAAUCUUGUGUUAACUUCGGAUGAAUCAGAAAAUGAAUUUUUUGAGCAGACUGCUUCAAGUUCUGCAGAGUCAGAACUAAAUGAAAUCCACCGUUUUGAGCUCCUAAGAAAUGAGCUUAUAGAACUUGAAAAGCGGGUUCAAAGAACCGCUGAUGAAUCAGAUAAUGAGGAUAUUGAGAUUGGAAAAGAAGGUUAUAAAUACCGCGAAGAUGCUGGAUCCACUCAAUUGGUCCAGGUUCAGAAGAAAGAAAAUAUUAUUGAAAAAUCAUUUGACAAGCUGAAAGAAGCUAGCACAGAUGUCUGGCAAGGAACACAGCUUCUAGCCAUUGACGUAGGUGCUUCAAUGGGAUUGCUUAGAAGGGCCCUGGUAGGAGAUGAACUAACAGAGAAAGAGAAGAAAGCACUACGAAGAACUGGGACUGACUUAGCAUCAGUUGUUCCUAUUGGUGUUUUAAUGCUUCUUCCUGUUACUGCAGUCGGGCAUGCAGCUAUGUUGGCUGCUAUUCAGAGAUAUGUACCAUCUCUGAUACCCUCUACAUACGGAUCGGAAAGGUUGGAUCUCUUGAGGCAACUUGAGAAGGUAAAGGAAAUUGAAACCAGCGAAGAGAGCUCAGAUGAAAGUGUAGAGGAACUGGCUUGAGUAGAAUGAAUCCUUGACUAUGUACAGUUGAAGCUGAAUUUUUUUCCCAAACUAUAAAGGUAGGCACCAAUGGCUACAAUCCUGUGGAGAAAAUUGUGGGGUUCGAGGUUCACGAUACUUGGAAGGGUGACCGUCCUUUCUGAUCUCAGUUAGAUAUGUGAUGUUCAAGAACUUGACCUUCCAGUUUCCAUUAUCCAUCUGUUUAAUCGCGUUAUACAUGAUCUGAUUAUAGGGUGGAUCAGCUUCGAGUUUCUUGUAAUCUGUUUCUGGUCCCACAUGGAUAUCACAGUUACCCCCUUCAUUCCAUGUCCCGUUCCUGCAAAUUUUACAAAGCCAAUACAUUUAUUCUUUCUCCUUAUGUAAUUAUUAGUCCUCUGGGCCUCAACACAGCCAACAAAACAUAUAUACAUGUAAACAUUUACAGUCCAUAUUUUUUGUCUACCAAUCUAACUUCAUUUCAUUU